UGGAAUUUCGGGACGUGGGAGGACGUAUACAUCGAAGACAGGCUGCCCUCUGUCGAUGGGAAAUUGGUGAUGGCCCACAACGUCGAGGAACCCAACGAGUUGUGGGUGCCUCUCUGUGAGAGCGCAUAUGCGGGGUCCUACGAACAUUUGUGCGGAGGUCAGACCACCUACGCCCUCGUUGACUUCACUGGCGGAAUAACUGAAAGAAUUGAUCUAAAAACUGUUAGUCACUCGUUUAUUCAUUUGUUAUUA